AUGGGCGAAAAGAUUGAAAAGGUCGAGAAGAGCGAAAAGCAUGUUCGCGACUAUAUCGAUGAGAUCGAGCAACGAGCUCGAACUCAGUGCGAAAAUCAAUCUCUCAUACGAAAUAGUACGCCAUUAAGUGAAGAUCAAUUGGGCAAAUUGGACAGUACUUUAAAGCGUGCAACGGCAUUUAUGAAAAAAUUAAAAAAUAUUGGUGCAGAUAAAUUUAUCGAAAUUUGUCGAAGAAAUUGCGAUUUCAUUAGCCGAAAUAAAAAUUAA